UUCAUUUUUCAUUUUACUCCUCGCCUCUUAUGAUUCUUACUAUUUAAGCACUCAUUUUCCAUACACGCCCACUGUUUCCUUUCCUCUCUAUUUUCCUCACAUCUCUAACAGAUUCUGUUGAGAUUAUAGAUAGUUGUAUAGAGAAAUUGUGAAUUGUUGAUAAAAGAGGUUGUGGGUGUUGUAGGGUUGGUCCUCGAUCCCUGGUAUGUUGCUGGAAUCCCUUUGGAUUCGCUAGAAGGAGGAUUUCAAGGGUUUUCCAGUGUUACUGACAUUUGAUUACGAUCGGUGGAUUUGAGCUUGUCAAGGGUUCUCCGGUCUGCUUGUUUUCGAUCGUUGCUCAAUGCCAGCAUGUACAGGAAAUCGAGAUUGAGCUCCCAGUUGUGCAUUUACCAGUUGGUAUUUGAUGGAAUUAGAAUCUUCGAGCAAUAAUUUUGCUAGGGGAGCAUAGUGUGUGAGACGAUGGUAUCUGUUGAGGGCAACGGUGGUUUGAUUGUGGUGGCGGACGAGACUAACUCCGAAGACCCCGUCUAUAUCGAUAUGGAAGCCGAAGAGAUUGGGAUUGAUGGUGCAACGAAUGGACUUGAAGGUUUUACAUCAGACAAAGCGGAAGCAAGUAAUGUGGUAUUUUCUAGAGAAGGACCACCCCUUGUAAGGAAAGAGUCCAGAAUGUCCACUACCUGUAGUUGCAGCAGUACCAAGAAACUCAAAUCUCGCGUUGCCAUGAUGGAUUCCAACCCGGAGAAGAAGGAGAAACCUGGGCAAGAGAAAAAGCUCAGUAGACAAGAUAGGAUUGAAUUGGGCCGCUUGUUUCAGAGCGCCGUGAGUUCCCAUGAUUGGGAACUUGCAGAGAGUCUGAUCCUGUUAGCCGAUCCACAAACUCUGAAUGAUGCUUUGUGCACUACUCUGGAUUCAAUUUGGUUUUUGACCACACAACAAGAGCUUUAUGGGAUAACGGGGUUGAUUAAGAAAAUCAUUGUCAAUGGUGCAUAUGACUUUACAAGAGCUGCCUUGAGGACUUCAUUUCUUGCUUCAUGUGUUUCUGCUUGUCAGAGCCGAACAAUGAGUCUUGCAGAUACAGUCACUCUAAUGGCCCAAAGGUUGCAUGAGCGUCUCCAGGAAUGCAAUGGAGAUGAGGUCUUAAAGGCAGAAGCUGGUGCCAAGGUUCAAAAGUUUACCGAAUGGGCUCUGAAAUGUAUAGGCUUCCAUUCUCGUUGUCAGGGUAAUAAAGAUAGAGUUAAUAACAGUUCAGGUGUUGAAAUUCAACUCCAGUUAUCUGCAUUUAAGAUAUUCCUAGAUAUUGCUGGUAACCAGCUAUCUGGGAAAGACUUCACGGAGGCCUUUGAUGCUGCUUGCUUUCCCCUAACUCUCUUCUCUACUUCGUUCUAUCCUGGCUGGGCAUCUGGGAUAUCAGCAACUGCAAUUCAAGGUCUGCUGGGUAUGCUGGUGGAGGGGGGUGCAGACAAUGUUAAUCAGUGUUUCCUUGAAGCCUCUCGUUUUGGGAGUACAGAGCUUGUGCGCAUCUUAUUGCAGAUUGCCCAACGGAACAGUUUGGAUGUUGAUGUUGACCUGGCGUUGGGUUUUGCGUCUCACUACUGCAAAAUUGGUACUAUGGAAUGUCUUGUGGAAGAGGGUAAUGCCAUAGCCUUCUUGGGCCCUCUGAUGAGAGCUGCAGAGAGGGGCUGUAUGCAGGUUGUUGAGUGGUUUGUGAAAAGGGGUUGCCGAGACAUGGAGCUGUGCCUUGCUCUGACAGCUGCAACAUCUAGCAGCCAAGUUGAUGUUGCUGCCUAUCUCCUUCCUCAUGUUCCUCAUCAUGUUCUUGCAGCACUAAGCAUUGAAAUUCUGAAGGCUGCUGGUGAACGAAGUGGUGGGUCUCUUGAUGGUGUUGCAUUUCUUCUCCAUUCUGACUUCUUAGGAGACCCUGCAGCUACUUAUGCUGUUGCUGACAAUAUUGCUCGGUCUGAUGAUGAGGGAGUAGCUCAUGAGCUAAGGGCUUUUCUUAGAGAGCACUGGUCCGAGGAAGCCUUCUUGGAAGGAAGAAGACAAGAACAAGAACAUUACCUGAACCUUGUGAGGAUUUUAAAGUGGGGUGGAUCUCCAAUUUGCUUAAGAGAUCUUCCAUCCCCACUGAGGAUAACAAUUGCUUACCUGCCACUGUAUAGGGAGUGUGUUAAGGCAGGUGGCUGUUUGUUGUCACAAAGGCUGAGAGGGCAGCUUAUUGAAGCUGUGAGAGCGCUUGGUGGUGGGGUCUUAGAAGGGGUGAGCCAGUGCAAAGAGCUCUUGGCUUUUCUGGAGCACCAUCUUCCUCCGUUUUUACUUGAACCGCCGAGCAUUGUGUAGCAAGAUUUCUCCCCAAUGUUUUGGUUUUCGCUUCUGUAUUUUCCGUCACUAUCUGGCAUAUGUAAUGGAUAAUAACAUGUUAGCGGGGUCAGGUGACAAAGCUGAGAUUUGCCAAUUUUCCGUAUAUGCAAUUAGAUUACUGCACGUCUUCAUGAACAUAUUCUACGAUUCUGGAGCGCGUGUUGAUCUAUCAUUGCUGUAUCAACUAAACAGUUGAAAUAUCAUGGUCUGUAUAUCUGACUACUCUUAUCAUAUGUAUUCACUUUGUCAGCCCCUCUUUGUUUUCCUGUUAA